AAUGUAAAGGUCGGUUUAUAGGGACGUGCAAAGGAAAAGUUCUCAGUGAUUAUCUCAACCCAAGUGUCUUUUUUUUUUCUCUCUCUCUCUCUCCCCCUCUUCUUGGCUCCUAGAAUUACAGUCACCUUACUCAUCAGUAGCUACAGAGUAGAGAGAAUGGCAGUGUGAGGAGUGAGAGGACCCCACCUCAGUUUAUCAAGCCCUGGAUUUUGGUCACCUCUCACCAUAUUAUGUGUCAGGAAUUUGGGACCCCUUUUUUGGCAAUUUUUCACACAGCUUUACUCUGUAUCCCAACUUUCAUUUCCAUUUCCAAUUUGUUCAGCUCCAAAUUUUGAAGGGUCCCCUUUGUUUUCUCCUGAUGUGCCUACUUGAAAUGAAAGAUUUCUUCUUUAUUUCAUAUUUUUCUCUAUAAUGUAUAGUUCUGCAUAAAGUUCUCGGUUGGGGGUCUCUCUGUUUGCUGCUGUUGCUUAUUCUCUGGAGCUUUAGAAUUGGACUCAAAAGCCAAAGAUGGGUUAUUUGAAGUGGGAGAUGUUCUUUUGGGUCUUCUUCAUUGGUUUGGUGUUGAUUUUCAAGGCGCCACCUUGUGGUGGAUUGACUGACCCACGAGAUGUUAUGGCUAUGAAUAACUUGUACAUUGCUCUAGGCUAUCCUCCUCUUAGAGGGUGGCUUCUUGUUGGAGGAGACCCAUGUGGGGAAAACUGGCAGGGAGUUGAAUGUGUUUUCUCUAACAUAACAUCAAUAAAUCUUAGUAAUGAAAAUUUGGGAGGAGAAUUGGGUGAUAGCUUGCAAUUCCUUGGCUCAGUUAUUCAUUUAGAUUUCAGUAACAAUCAUAUUGGAGGGAUUAUUCCUUCUGCCUUACCCCCAACUGUCCGAAAUUUUUCGCUUUCGGGUAAUCAGUUUACUGGAAGCAUCCCAAUUACCUUGUCAACCUUAAGUCAGUUGUUGUAUUUGUCUUUCGAAAACAAUCGUCUUGUUGGACCUAUACCAGAUGUAUUUCAGCAGCUUACUAGCUUAACAAAUCUGGAUAUGUCAACUAACAGCUUAGAUGGUCAGCUGCCUCCCUCAAUGGGAAAUAUGUUAGCAUUGUCAGCACUACACUUGCAAAACAACCGGCUCGGUGGUAUUCUAGAUGUCUUGCAGGAUCUUCCCCUACAGGACCUGGACGUAGAGAACAAUCUAUUCUCUGGGCCAAUUCCCCCCAAGUUGUUGACAGUUCCAAAUUUUAGAAAAGAAGGAAAUCCAUUCAAUACGACAAUAAUUCCGUCACCACUAGAAGCACCUACUCCAUCACCAGCAGCACAGGCUCCAACUUCUGAAGAACUACCUUGGAAACAUGUGAAUGGACCUUCCUCCACCAUCACAACAAGGACCAUUCAAUCUAAGAAAUUUUUGACUGCUAAGGCGAUUAUUUGGAUUGCCGUUGCAGGGUUUUUGAUAGUUAUUGCAUUAUUACUGUGCAUUACGUUGUCGAGAUGCAUUAAAGCAAAACGAAGGGAUAAACUUGCUGGGGAACAUUAUUUUGAAUCCUAUAAGGGUUCAAGCGAGAAGCCUAAACCCGGUGAAUCUUCACUCCAACAGAGUAGUCGAAUGGAGGCGGAAGCUGCAAAAGAGACUGUUGUUAGACCACCACAAGAAAGAGGCAGGGUGGACACUGGAAGAAUGGGUUUACCACCAAAGCUACAGCCGCAGGAUGAACGCUUCAUGAAUUUGAAAAGAAAUGUUCAAAGUUCAAGGGAUUUGAGGGAUAAUGAGAUUGACAUGACAGACACAGAUGACGAUAUUUUGCUGCCACCUCCUCCGCCACCUUUUUCAGUUGAGAAUAGUGGAGUAAUCCCAGGUGUACCUACCACUGUCACUACUGUUGAACGUCCUUUGCAGAGUCAACACUUGAAUUCAGUGAGGGUGUUCACUGUUGCAUCACUUCAGCAGUAUACAACUAGUUUCUCCCAAGAGAAUUUCCUUGGAUCAGGAAUACUUGGCAGUGUCUAUAAGGCUGAGCUUCCUGAUGGAAAGCUUCUGGCGGUCAAGAAACUGGAUAACAAUACAGCUAUCAAGCAGCGGAAUGAUGAAGAAUUCUUGGAACUGGUGUCCAAUAUUUCUAAACUUCAACAUCCAAAUAUCGUGGAGCUUGUUGGUUACUGCGCAGAGCAUGGUCAACAGUUGCUUGUGUAUGAGUACUGCAGAAAUGGGUCUCUUCAUGAUGCAUUGCACAUAUACGAUGAAAUCCAUAAAAAACUUUCAUGGAAUAGGCGGAUUCAAAUAGCACUGGGAGCUGCAAGAGCUUUAGAGUAUAUGCAUGGGGUUUGCCAGCCACCUGUAGUUCACCGGAAUUACAAGUCAGUCAAUCUUCUUCUUGAUGAAAAGCUCGAAACGCUUGUCUCGGAUUGUGGAUUGUCUCCUUUGCUGUCGUCUUUCACAUUGAGUCAGAUGUCUGGAGGCCAUAAUUCAUAUGGUUACAGUGCUUUAGAAUUUGAGUCAGGGAGUUAUACUUGCCAAAGUGAUGUCUAUGGCUUUGGAGUUGUAUUGUUAGAACUACUUACAGGGCGAAAAUCCUAUGACAGGUCACGACCUCGCGGGGAGCAAUAUCUAGUUAGAUGGGCAGUACCUAAGCUUCAUGAUAUUGAUGCAUUGUCAAGGAUGGUUGAUCCUUCUCUUAAUGGAGCUUUUUCUAUGAAGUCUUUGUCACGCUUUGCUGAUAUAAUUUCCUCAUGCAUACAGAGGGAGCCAGAAUUUAGGCCUCCAAUUUCUGAAAUUGUCCAGGAACUGUUGCAAAUGAUUUAGAAGCGGCGAAGAUUAUCCGGUUAAGCACUGACUAAGUGAUUGUGUGCAAGUAAGGUUUGUAUGUUUAGUUUUGACCAAGUUUAGAGUGAAAAAAUUUCAGAGGAAAAAUCAUAUCUAAAUUGUGUUUAAACAUAACAAUGUAGUAAUUCUUUUUUCCUUUUCAGUGAGUUGCUAAUGUAGUUGUUUUAGCCAUGAUAUUCUUUGUGGAUAUUGUUGAGUGUUUAUUUAUGUUGUAAAAUACAAAAGAAAAAAAAAGAAACUAAUGAAUGGGAGUGUUUCAUAUGCAUUGGAU